AUCUUUCACAUGAGGAAGUGUCCUAGACCCGCUUGUUGCCUUCAGAAUCCGUGGACUUUUAACUUUACGAGGCUACUUCACACUUCCUGGUAGACGAGAGUUUGUUAUCUCUCUAGCGCAGUAUGUCCCAGGUCGCCUCACAGGUGCACAUUAGGCUUGUUCUGCCUGGACUGUGGGUGUCCCAACAUCUUGUCAGCCACAAUAUUUUCACCCAGAGUCUCCACUGGAUCACUAAAAGUGCGUUUGACUUUUUCGCAGGGCAUCGUCAGUUCUGGACUAAAACGCUCACAUUUUGAAGAUUGAAAGGGUCUGCUUUGAAGGUUCUCAUGACGAGUUACAGCAACGGGGGAGUUUUUAACCCGGCCUACCAUGACAGCGAGACACUGGAAAUUGACAGGAGGUCUUCCAGGAAACACCAGCAUGCCAAUCCUUAUGCAAGAGAAGACCCAUCUUGGUGGGUGGAGAGUGCUGAGCCCAGAGCUGAGGCUGAACGGAGAACACCCGGUGAUGGAUGGAGUGGGAGAGAAAACCUCCCCAUGGGGCUCAUCUCCACACGCCCAGGAAGUCCUUCAUGGCAGCAUGACCGCAAUCACAGCGGAUUUCAGAUUGGUGCACACUCUCAGUAUGAUCAAUCACAGCCCGUUCGACUUCAUUCUUCAACUUCAGUGAGAUGGAGAGGAAUAACGAUGAGACGGAUGAGUCUGUUUCCUAACGCUGAUCCUGCCCAUGCAGCUUUCACAGAAGAUGCCAUCAAGAGCGAGAUGGAAAAUGAGGAAGAAAACCUUGUCAAGGAGCUUGUUGAUCUGUCAACAACGGAGCAAAUCAGGAAGAUCAGGGAGCUGCCGAUGAGCUUCGAAGCGAAGAAAUAUAUCAGGAGACAAGUAAUGGCCGUCAAGUCUUCAAAACAGUCUCACCACUUCACAUGUUUAUCAGACUGCUCUAGAAAUGUGUCCCUGUCUGUACGAAGGUGCGGUUACAGUCUAAACUCAGCCAGGCAGACCCUGGAGCUUUGGCAUGGCAUCAUGAAAGAGAUCGGGGGCAAAUUUGGCUCCGGCGUUCUCAACUAUUUUGUGCUUCUGAAGUGGCUUCUCAUGUUCAACAUCUUCUCUUUCCUGAUCAACUUUGGCUUCAUCACCAUCCCACUCCUUGUUUCUGACUCUUCACCCAACGCACCCUCAAACGUGAGCUUCAAAGGACUGGAGUUGCUGACUGGAGCUGGUUAUUUCAACUAUACUAUCAUGUACUACGGGAGCUACAGCAAUGAAACACUUGGUCAACCCGAUGACUUGAUGAAAUACAAUAUGCAGCUGGCCUAUUUCUUCACCAUUGCAGUCUAUAUGGUGCUGUGUGGCAUCGUGCUCAUUUUCAGCAUGGCGAGCUCAUUUAAGAAAAACUAUGCCUUGGCAGACCCAUCUUCAAACAGUGCAUGGCAACUUUUAUGCAGCUGGGAUUUCAGUAUGACCAAUGAGAGAGCAGUAAACCAGCGCAAGAACAACCUGCGAGUCCAGCUGAAGGAGUCUUUGUCAGAAAGGGCACAAACAGAGCUACGAACAGUUUCUGAGAAGCUGAAGCACUAUGGGAUUCAUUUUGGUGCCUGGUUGCUCUCCACCAGUCUAGCAGUGGCCUGUGGAGCCAGCAUCUUUUAUCUCUGCCGAUACGAAGACAAGCGAGCUGUAGACACUGAAACCCGGUCCCUACUCCGGGAAGCCGAGACACUCCUGGUUCCCUUCGUGGUGUCAUUGAUGAAUAUGGUCAUUCCCUUCUUCUUCUCCCUCUUCAACAAGUUUGAACACUACUCCAACCAGCGCAAACAGAUUUAUGCCCUGUUGUUCAGAAAUGUCUUACUCAGGAUGUCCAUUCUGGGUGUUUUGUGCUACUACUGGAUGAACAUGGUGCCUCAGAGAUUCACAUGCUGGGAGCCCGUGGUUGGGCAGGCUCUGUACCGUUUGGUCAUUGUCGAUUUCCUUUUUCUGAUGUUGGGAUCCUUCUUUGGAGAGUUUCUUGGAAAUGUGAUUGGCACAAAAUUACAGCCCCGACUAGGUGUACCAGAGUUUGAUGUAGCCAGAAAUGUCCUGGAAAUCAUCUACGCCCAGACUUUAGCCUGGAUUGGGAUCUACUUCUCUCCUCUGCUACCUGCCAUUCAGAUACUCAAAUUCUUCAUCUUGUUUUACAUAAAAAAGGUCAGUUUGACUCAGAACUGCCAGCCUCCACGACGAUCAAGCAGGGCAGCUCAAAUGAAAACCAUCUUCAUCUUUCUCCUCUUCUUCCCGUUCUUUGUGGGAGCCUUGUCAAUAGUUGCAUACACCACCUGGAGUCUGACCCCUUCGGAGCACUGCGGCCCUUUCAGGGGCCUCAACAGGACCUUCAGUGUGGUUGGAGAGUGGAUAGAUGAGCUGGACAACCACAAUAGUACCCAAUGGGUUGUGUGGACCUACCAAAACGUCAUCAGGAGUGAACUCUUUUACUUUCUUAUCACACUCAUCUUCCUUGUCAUCAUAUACAUCUUCUGGCAGCUCAUUCAGGGCCGCAAGAAGCUCAUCGUUCUUCUCAAGCAGCAGAUUUUUAAUGAGGGCGAAGACAAGUCCUACCUGUUAGAAAAGCUGCAGAAGCUGCAGAAAUCUGGUCCUAAAUUUAACAGACCUAACAAACAGAUAACUCGCACAAACCAACGUUCAGUCGAGCGCUCCCCUGGCAGCCAGUCCAACUCAAACGCAGUGGUUCAGGUACUGCUCGCUCGCCAGCAGCUGGAAGAAGAGGAGAGACGCAGUGCCAGCGGGGUGUCAGUUCCGGCGGACAUCUCCACCUCCGACGCCGUGAUGCAGGCCUUGCUGGCCCGUCAGAAAGCUGAGAGACAGGACGGAAACGUCUUCAGUGUCCCCGAUGAACCCUCGCCAUCGCUCGAUGCGGUCGCACUGAGCAUGGCGGCCAGACAGAGGGCCGAAGAAAGGGACGGAUACUGGAGUACGACUGACUUCAAUCAGAGCAACCCAGUGUCAAGCGUAAUGAUUCAAGUCCUGCAAGCCAGACAGAGAGCAGAGGAAGAGGAAAGGGAUGAGUGGACCCACGCUCCGGGGCAAAACCCGGCUCCUCCUGGCUCCAGCGCUCUCAUCCAGGCCAUGUUGGCCCGGCAGGAGGUGCAGAAUGAAUACGAUGACGGUUACUGACCAAAAGCCUCAGACUUUACCUUUCCGCAAACAUAAUGCUGGAAUACACGUUUAAAGAAAAAAUCACAUACUGUGUUAUGAUUCAUUUACGUUAAGUUAGGCCUCUCUUUAGAAGGCAUCUUAUUUAAUCCAACUAAAAAAAAAAAAA